UAAUUGUCUUGGCAACUUAUAAACAAAUAGAAGAAAAGGAUGGAAAAGGAUACAACCAUAAUGAGUAAUUCUCAGGUAAAGGAGGGAGUAAAGUCAGUCCAGAAUGGCAAGUCACAGGAAGAAGACAUGAAACACUGUGGCCAUGGCAGCACUGCUCAGCCAGAGAAGAACCAAAUCAAUGCAACAAAAAAAGUUGUUCCUGAUCAUUCAGCCCAUCCAGUAGAAUUAAAUGUGGAAAAAGAAAAAGAUUCUAACUUCUCAGCUGCACCAGUUGUGACUGAUAUGAAAACAGAGACGGAUAACUCAAAUGCACCUGUUGUAUCAAGAAAAUCAAGGCAAAAGAAGGAUGCCAGUGGAGCAGGGAAAGAUGCCAAGGAAUCAACAGCCAGUGAAGUUGGGAAAGCAGACAAAAAACAAACUAAAUCAGAACCAAGAACAGAGGCACCUCUUACAGAAGAACAAAAUACUAAUGCUACUGUUACAUUGACAGCUGGAAAAAAGAGAAGGCAGACGGUGGUUAAAAUGGAAGCUAAGCCAGAAAGUCCUGAUGAAGAUGUCACUGGUUCAGAAGUUCCAGCUACAAAGAAAAGAGUGGGAAGACAGGCACAGGAAAAGUCAGUACCUAGUGACAGCAAGGUCCAGCACUGCAAUAAUGACGAAAAUACUGAGGCUAUUGAAGUAGGGACAAAGAAAAAAGGACUUGGGAAGAAGGUUGUUAAAGAGGAAUCUAGCUCACAAAGUAGUGAAGUGAAUCCUGAAUCAGCAGUUCUGAAUGGCAAGAGACAGAGAUCAAGACAAAAUAAGGUGGAAGAUGAAUCCAGUCCCAAGAAGCCUAAGCAAGGAAGCAAAGAUACCCAGAAUAUAGCUGAAUCUAGUCCCAAAAAGGCUAAACAAGAAAACAUCGAUUCUCAUAAUAUAGCUGAACCCGAUAAAAGAAGAGGCAGGGGUAAUAAAACAGAGACUCACAAUGGCACAGGGGUGGAUGAUCCAGCUGAACCAGACAAAAAGAGAGGAAGGGGUAAUAAAACAGAGACUCACAAAGGCACAGGGGUGGAUAAUCCAGUUGAACCCGACAAGAGGAGAGGGAGGGGUAAUAAAACAGGGACUCAUAAAGACACUCAACUUGAUGACCCUACUGAACUGGACAAGAAAAAAGGGAGGGGAAAUAAAACAGAGACUCGCAAAGACACUGGGGUGGAUGAUCCUGCUGUACUGGACAAAAAGAGAGGAAGAGGUAAUAAAACAGAAACAAACAAAGGCACAGGGAUGGAUGAUCCUGCUGAACCAGACAAGAAGAAAGGGAAGGGUAAUAAAACAGAGAGUCACAAAGGCACAGGGGUGGAUGAUACAGCUGAACCAGACAAGAAGAAAGGGAGGGGUAAUAAAACAGAGACUCACAAAGGCACUGAGCUGGAUGAUCCUGCUGAACCAGACAAGAAGAAAGGGAAAGGUAAUAAAACAGAGACUCACAAAGGCACAGGGGUGGAUGAUACAGCUGAACCAUACAAGAAGAAAGGGAGGGGUAAUAAAACAGAGACUCACAAAGGCACUGAGCUGGAUGAUCCUGCUGAACUGGACAAGAAGAAAGGGAGGGGUAAUAAAACAGAGACUCACAAAGGCACAGGGGUGGAUGAUUCAGCUGAACCCGACAAGAAAAGAGGGAGGGGUAAUAAAACAGAGACUCACAAAGGCACAGGGGUGGAUGAUCCAACUGAACCGGACAAAAAGAGAGGAAGGGGUAAUAAAACAGAGACUCACAAAGGCACAGGGGUGGAUGAUCCUGCCAAAGCAGACAAGAAGAAAGGGAGGGGUAAUAAAACAGAGACUCAAAAAGGCACAGGGGUGGAUGAUCCAGCUGAACCAGACAAGAAAAGAGGGAGGGGUAAUAAAACAGAGACUCACAAAGGCAUAGGGGUGGAUGAUCCAGCUGAACCGGACAAAAAGAGAGGGAGGGGUAAUAAAACAGAGACUCAUAAAGGCACAGGGGUGGAUGAUCCUGCUCCUAAAGUUCAAAUGGGUAAAAAACAGAAACAAGAUGCAGAGGAACAUAGAAUUUCAAAAUGGGAAAAAAAUGUUGCAAAGUACAAGUGGGCAAAUAGUGCUGAGGACAAGUAUGUAGGAGCCCAUGUAUCCAUUUCAGGAGGGCUAUAUAAAGCUGUUCUGGAAGCAGAAGAGUUAGGGGCUAGAGCAUUUGGGUUAUUUUUGAGGUCCCAGAGACAGUGGGCGAGUAAACCUCUCGAAGACAAAGAUGCACAGAGGUUCAAAGAUACUUGUAAACAAUAUGGCUAUCCCCCUCAUGUGAUUGUCCCACACGGCUCGUACCUGAUGAACUGUGGCUCACCUGACGACGUCAGUCUCCAGAAAAGUCGGGACCUCCUACUGGAAGAGCUCCAGCGAUGUGAGAAACUAGGCCUCACCAGGUUCAAUUUCCACCCAGGUUCUACAUGUGGAAAAAUUUCUGUAGAGGAAUGUUUGGACAGGAUUGGAGAAAGUAUCAACCAGGCACUGGCAAAAACACGAGGUGUCACAGCAGUGAUUGAGAACAUGUGCCGCCAAGGAAGCACUGUGGGAGGCACAUUUGAGGAGCUGAAGGGAAUUAUCAGCCGAGUCCACGACAAAAGCAGGAUUGGCAUUUGUUUGGAUACAUGUCAUAUGUUUGCUGCAGGUUAUGAUAUUUCAACAGAAAAGGGUUACCAGAACAUGAUGGAUGAAUUUAAUCAUGUUGUUGGCCAGAAGUAUCUGAAAGCAUUACACCUGAAUGACAGCAAAGCUGAAGUUGGGAGUCACCUGGAUAGGCAUGAGAACAUAGGGAAAGGUAGGAUUGGUAAAGCUGGAUUCCAGCGGAUAAUGAAUGACCCUCGACUUAACAACAUUCCCAUGAUUCUAGAGACGCCCUGUCCUGAGGAUGACACUUACGAGAAAGAAGUCCGAAUUCUCUACUCUAUGUGUAAGUGAGGGCCAAAAUAAAGGUCCAGGGCUUUGACUGAGAUGGUGUAAAUAUACAUGUUCUUGAUUGUGAACCUGGUUUUGCUAGUCAGUUAUUAUGAGAAUGUACAAAAUAAAAAGUAGCAGUGUCAA